UCCAACACUCAAGGGUGGCGUGACUUUAAGAAGCGACUCUGCAGUUCCAACACCAGAGAACUCCAGUUCCAGAGAGACAGGCUGUAACAGUAGGCUUUGGUGUACAAGUGCUGUGGCGUUUCAGAAUGCUGAAAAAGAGACAAGUGCUCCUGGCAUUGUGCACAGUCUGUGCGCUGCUCUCCGCAGUUAAUUCUCUGGACUGCCUGAAAUGUGACGGGGGUACUUCGUGUUCUGCUACAUCACAAACGUGCAGCAACUCCGAGACGUGUUUAACAUUUUCAUCGACAAGUGUUGGCUUUCAGCAGUAUGGUUUUACGCAAAACGGCUUUGUUAAGAAAUGCGGUCCCAAGCUUCAAACCUGCGGUCAGCUACUGAGUGCAAAGUUCACCAAUCAACUCAGAGUGGAGUCCCGUGUUGAGUGCUGUGACACGAAUCAGUGCAACACCGGCGUCUAUAAUGUUGCUCUCACUGGGGAUUCCUCGAAUGGGAAGCAGUGUCCUUCAUGUGUCGGUACUGGUAGCUGCGGGACAGACUUGGUUAACUGUCUUGGAACACAAGAUCAAUGCAUCACAUUGACUGGGGCUGCACCAGGUAUUCCUACAGUAACACUGAAGGGAUGUGCCACCAAAGCUGCGUGUGAUAAAGACUCUUUGGUGACGGCCUGGCCAUUUUUGAGUAAUUUACAAGUAGCUUGUAAUGCAGCUUCUGCAAAUGGAUUUAUUCCCCUAGGAAUAAACAUGUUCAUGAUAGCUGGAGCUGCUUCCCUAGCUCUGGGGUUUGUGUUUAACUAAACAUCCAGCACAGUCCAGUGUUGACAUACCUGGAAAAGGGAACGCUUUCAUAAAUGAAUCAGAGGCAACUUAUUAUUAAGCACUUCUAAGCAUAACUGAUAUCUAACAGGGUAAAUUGAAUACUGCUUCCUAUAUUAAGCAUUCAUCUUGGAGUUUUCUCAGGCUGUUUUCAUGGGUAUGCAAUGUAAUAUUGUACCAGUUUAUAGUUGAUCUGAUUAUCUUUAUCUGUGCACUGAUCAUAGGUGGGACUUUUUUCUGUGGAGCAGUGGGAUUCAAAUCAGUUCUGUGGAUAUUAAUUACGGCUAUUUGCUACAUCAUAUGUACAAUGUCAUAUAUAACUAUGCAUUUAUUAACUUACAAAUCUUUUUGCAAAUAAAACAAACUUGUGUAAUUGCA